GGAUAGGUAAUUAUCCGCGCACCUGCCGUAUAGCAUCUCCAUCCUUAUGGUGCCAACAAUUCCACUGGGGCCCGUGGACACCUUUCCAUUCUCUGAAUUUCGUUCCACCCCGGAAAAAUUCCCCUAACCCAUCUUCAUGUCACUCUCUUUCCCUGACGCGCUGCAGUUGCCUGCGGCGUAGCCAAAACAAAGGGUUCAUCAAUCAUUCAAAAGCGCUCAGCUUUUAUCAUACAACGCUCAACGUCGCCCAUAAUUGUUAGUUCUUUAGUCGACAUCAACCAGCAUGCACUUGCUCUCCCAGUUGGCCUGGUCCACCGUGGCCUCGCUAGCCUUCCUGGGACCUGUUGUCGGCGCCGGCGGCGUGAUGGAAUUCGACCUCGUUUUCCCGCGCAACGAGACAUAUGCGCCUACGGGGAUGAUGCCCGUCGUCUUUGCCUUCCAAAAUGCCGAGCACUCGGAGCUUGUCAGGCCGUAUAUUGUCUAUUCAAUUCGGAACGCCUCGGACCUGACCAACGUGAUACCGGCAUACGGUCAUGAACUGAGGUGGGCAAACUCCGAGUCGUCUAGCCAAGAGCCAUACUUUGCCUACAAGUCAUGGGCCUUAAAGGCCGAGGGUACUUUUCAAGUGCUCUGGACCGUAGAGUGGCUGGGCUGUUACGAGCGCGACUCCGAGGACUCGGACCUGCCCGGUUUCGUUGCCGGCCUGAACUCGGCAACUCGGACUAUCGAGUUCAGUAUCAAAAAUGGCGGGCCGGCGGUGGAUCUCGUUGCUGCCACAGCUAACGACAAGACCUGCGCCGAAGAAUUUGGAGUCGCCAUCAACGCUACUGGCCCGACGGCGGAGCUUGAGCCCGGCGGAACUUGUGUCGUCUUGGAGACCCUUUCAGCGACCGUGACCCCGAGUCCCUGCCAGGUCAGGAUCGGCUCAGCCGCGGCCGCCAGCAUAUCGACCGCGGUGAAAGCGGACCUGUGCGCAAGUGCCACUCCCCCGGCCGGCCUCGACUGCACGAAAGACAGCGCCGCGCGGCGGCUGGCUGUUGCGGGUGUGGCGUGUUUGACGGCCGCAUUGGGGGCACUUGGCUACCUUCUAAUGUGAAUCUCUCUGCGUCAGUUGUCGACUGAUCAUCAAAUUAAUAUCCGAUCUUCGUUUCCUUUUUCCUACGGCGCGGGUAUCUGUUGUAUGAUCGAUGAGAGAAACAACCGUUUUGGCUUUUUGCUUGGACCCCUUCAAUGUUCAUGUGUAUGUAUUGUACAGUACAUACAUGCAUUGCAUUGGGAAUUUCGGAUUAUGGGGAAUCUUGGUUUUGACGGUUGUUCAUGUUGCGUUGAAAACCGGGUAUUACCUAGUCCUACUGUAGUCUCCGUAAAGUUCAGCCAAGUUAACGAAAUGCAUGAGAAACGGCCUUCGGAAAUGCUGUGUUCUUGUCAGAAAGCACAGUUGGGCACCGUAUACGCGUACGCUAAAGUGGUGAUGGAAUGCGUAGUAGUUGUCAAUUAGUAGAUAGAAAAGUGGAAAAAUUCUCUGCAGGAAGAUGGAAC